ACUUCGGCCAGACGACGGCGGGUCAUUGCUGAACCAAUGACUUGACAAAACUCAGGGGUGUAGACCAGUUUGAUAAGAGUUACAAAAGUAGGAACAAGUCAUGAAGAAGACUAGUGUUGUGGACGUGUCGACUGUGGAAAGAGGGAACGACCUGUUCGAUAGGUCGGUGGACGUCACACACACGUUGUCCAUUCACGACGUCCAUUACGAGGUGAACGUCAAGAAGCGACCAUGUGCACGGGCCACGAAGAAGACGAUUUUAAAAGGAAUGACUGGGAUUUUCAAGCCAGGAAUGAAUGCUAUUUUAGGUCCUACUGGAAGUGGAAAAUCCUCGUUACUGGAUGUUCUCGCUGGCAGAAAGGAUCCUAAAGAUGUUUCAGGAGAUGUACUUCUGGAUGGUUCUCCUCCCCCAGAGAACUACAAAUGCAUGGUGGGAUAUGUCGUACAGGACGACGUUGUCAUGGGAACAUUAACAAUCAGAGAAAACCUCAGUUUCUCAGCAGCACUGCGAUUGCCGUCAUCUGUUACUAAGCAACAACGACGUCUGCGUGUUGACCAGGUGAUACACGAACUUGGCCUUACAGAAUGUGCAGACAGAAAGGUGGGGACCGAGUUUAUUCGCGGUGUGUCUGGUGGAGAGAGAAAGAGAACGAACAUUGGAAUGGAGCUGAUUAUUUCUCCCCCAGUUCUCUUUCUCGAUGAGCCGACAACCGGACUCGAUGCAAGCACAGCCAGUUCUGUGAUGCUGCUCUUAAAGAGGAUGGGUGACAAAGGCCAGACAAUAGUAUUUUCCAUACACCAGCCUCGAUACUCCAUCUUCAAGCUGUUUGACAACCUGAUGCUGCUGUCUGCAGGAGAAACCGUCUACUUUGGCUCGGCCCACAAGGCCUUGGAACAUUUUCACUCCAUUGGUUACAUAUGUGAAGAACACAACAACCCUGCCGACUUCUUCCUCGAUGUGGUGACAGGUGAUGCUCUAACACUGGCAGAUGCCGAUACCAACACCAUUCACACAGAGGGACUAGACGAUUCUUUACAAAAGAAAUUGGUGAACGAUUUCCUGUCAUCAGAGAGUAAUACAAAAUUAAUGACUGAAGCCAAUGAUAUCCAUGCUCAGUACAGGAAGCAGUUUGAAAGUGGAACCCUGGUGAAAAGACCGCCAGUUCUGUAUGCCACGUCUUUUCUCACACAGUUGAGACUUGUUUCUGCAAGAACAUUAAUAAAUCUCAUCAGAAAUCCUCAGACAUCUAUAUUUCAGAUGCUGGUGAUGAUAAUAUUUGCCCUCAUAGUUGGAACUAUAUAUUUUGAUAUCAAUUCAUCAGUGGAAUCAGGCAUACAAAACAGACAUGAAAAUGCGAGUGGAUUCUACCGAGUUUCUGCAUUCUUCCUCGCAAAGGUCAUUUGUGAUGUGAUACCCAUGCGGCUAAUUCCAGUGGUGUGUUUCUCCUCUAUUGUUUACUGGAUGAUUGGUUUUCAAGCAUCAGUAAUAAAAUACCUAUUCUUCACCCUGGAUCUGUUCAUGACAACUCUAGCAGCAUCCGGUAUUGCUUUUGCCAUCAGUGCCGGUGUGAGAGUCUUUGCCAUUGCCAAUCUUGGUAUUUCCAUGACGUUCGUGAUUAUGAUGUUGUUUGGAGGCUUACUACGUAAUCUGAAUGACCUCGGCGAGUGGAUCAGCUGGUUCAAGUGGCUCAGCAUCAUUAGAUACAGCUUGGAUGCACUGACAAUCAAUGAACUAAAGGAUCAAAUGUUCUGUACCGGAACCAACUGCACAUCUGGAAAUCAGUACAUGGACAACCAGGGCAUCCAGUACACAACCACCUGGGAUCUCUGGCAGAAGGAAGUGGCUCUUUCGGGUUUUGUAGUUAUAACCUUCACCUUGGCUUACAUCCAGCUGAGACGAAUAAAGAAAUUACGCUAAACUCAACACCAACAACCUGUUAUUGUUGUUGUGUUUGCUGACUAACAUGACUACUUCACUAAUCCUGGACAAUCAAGAACAUACACCAGUGGAGGAUCUAGGCAUGUUAGUGGCGGUGGGUGAGAGGGAGACUAUUUGACUAAUUGUGAUAAAUCAAUAACAUACAGCAGUGGAUGAGCUACAGGCAUGUUGUUGGAGUGCAGGGGGUGGUCUGUGUGACAAAAUAAAAGGUUGCUAAACACAAGAACAGCAACCUGGUAUGAUACUCUUGUAGUGUUUGCUGACUAUAUCACGACUAUUUGACUGAUCCUACACCAUCAAGAACAUAGAGCAUGGGUAGGUCUAGGAGUAUGGGGUCUAUUUGACAAAUGAGAAAGUUAGGCUAGACACGAUACAGCAAAAUAUGAAUAUAUAUUACAUAUACAUGUGUACUGGCAUCAUCCAGUAUAUUAUAUAUUCUGAUGAGAAGGGUACAUGAUGCAAUGUAAUGAAACUAAUGGGUAUGUAUGCUGAAUAACAAAAAGUUGGAAAAUUAUCUAUCACCCUCUGCCUAUCAUUCUCAUUAUCUUAAUAUAAAAAAACUUUCCAAUUUCUCCCACGAUUUCAAUCUGUUUCGACCCCUUCUGUCAGGUAAUGACAUUCACAUUAUACUAAUUAUGCUAAAUAAUAAAUGGCUUGCUAUGUGUAAAUGUGCUUUAAUUUGUAGUUUUUCUUGACAUUUGUGAGAAUUGAAAUUGGUUCUGGUGGUAUUGAGGUAUAGUUCAUUUCUACAUGUUGUAAUUAUGAAUUUUUUACAUGUUUGAUUAUUACUUAUACAUGUUUUCUAUUGUUAUCACCCCCACACAUUGUACUAUACACAUAGUGGCUUAAUAAAACAACAGAAAAGUAUGAUUUGUUGGUGUAUUUUUAAAUUUUAUUUAUU